GGGAGGCUUACAGCAUCGAGAGAAAAUGGGGUUAUUCGAUCGUUUAGCGAAUCUCUUAGGUCUUAGGAAAAAAGAAGUAAACGUUUUAGUGGUGGGCCUUAACAACAGUGGUAAGUCGACGGUCAUAAAUAAUUUCAAACGCGAGGAUGACCGUUGCAUAGACAUAGUGCCCACUGUCGGGUUUAAUGUCGAAAAAUUCGCAUUUAAGAAUGUCAGUUUCACCGCGUUCGAUAUGUCGGGCCACGAACGUCAUAGACCAUUGUGGGAGCAUUAUUACAAAGAUUGCCACGGGAUCAUCUUUAUAAUCGACAGCAGUGAUAAUCUACGAGUGGUUGUCAUCAAGGAAGAGCUGGACAUGCUCCUGCAGCAUCCCGACGUGGCAGGGCGCAAGCUACCCAUCCUCUUCCUGGCGAACAAGAUGGACCUACCUGAUUCCUUAACUACCGUGAAACUGGUCGCCGCCCUGGGGCUUGAGCGCAUACAGAAUAAGCCCUGGCACAUACGGGCGACGAACGCGUUGACCGGCGAAGGCCUGCAGCCAGCGAUCGAGUGGCUGACGGACCAAAUUCGCGACAUAUACAUCAAUAAGAGAUAAAUUUCGUCAUUUUACGUUAAGAUGACUGAUUCGACGAUUCUCGAUCGAAAGUUCCCGUCAUCAGAUCGACCCGUAAUCGAUAUAUGUCUAAAACAUAAUUUAUCAUGUCAAUUACACCGGUGUUUCCCAUGUGGCUUUUCUCCGAGAUUCGGUGAUCUUGCACCGCGAAAUGAAAUGCCGAUGUAAAAUUAUUAUUAUGAGAAAGACUCGUUACAAAACGACCUAAUAGUUUUUAUGCUGCAUCUGUUAAAUUUAGCGUAAAGAAAUUAGCGUGUAAAGUUUCAUGAUUUUUAAUCGAGUCGCAAGAAUCUCGUGGUAGAUUUCAAUUAGGAAAUACCGUUACUCAAUAAUGUAAUUCCGUCCAAAAAAAAAAAAUGCGUGGAGAAGCGUAUAUGUAUGUACAUACAUACAACAUACCUGUAGGCAUAAUUAAGAGAAUAGAUAAUGUAACAUGAUUAAAAUGCAGUCGCAAUGAUUUUUAACAUACUACUUUGGCAGAUUAAUUUCAUAAAUAGUUUCAUAAUUAGUGAGCUUUGCAGAGAUAUUUUAUUAAUGAUAUCCAAAAUAAAUGCUGAUCACAGAGAA